AUGGUAUAUUAUAGUUAUGGUAUAAACUACAUUCUCACAAAAAUUACAAUAAUUUUAAUAUGUAUGCAAAAAUUGGUAUUAUAUGACGUAUAAAUAAUUGUGAUAUUUUUAUUAAGUUAAAGAUAGGUUAAGGAUAAAUAAUAAUAGAGAUUUAAUAAAUAAAAAUGAGUGGUGGAGUGGUACCAAGUAAAUCAACAGUUUAUGUUUCAAAUUUACCUUUUUCAUUAACAAAUAAUGACAUACAUCAACUUUUACAGAAUUAUGGAAAAAUUGUAAAAGUGACAGUAAUGAAAGACAAAAUCACCAGAAAAAGUCGAGGUGUUGCAUUUAUAUUAUUUCUUACUCCAGAAGAUGCUAUUACCUGUGCUAAAAAUUUAAAUAAUACAGAGAUAGGUGGUCGUACUGUAAAGAGUUCCAUAGCAGUAGAUAAUGGAAGGAGCACUGAAUUUAUACGUCGCAGAGACUAUCCAGAUAAAUCCCAAUGUUAUGAAUGUGGAGAAGAAGGACAUUUAUCAUACAAUUGUAGAAAUAAUACAUUAGGACCAAGAAAUCCACCACUAAAGAAGAUUAGACUAAGAAAAAAGCAGAAAGCUAAUACUCAGCAAACAAGUGAUUUUAAUAAAAAUAGUGAUGAUGAAUCAGCAGAAGAUAAUUGGGAUGAAGAAGUAGAAACAUUAAGUGCUGCUAUUGCAUUAGAGCAAAGACAAAAAGAAUUAGAAAAUGAUCAAAGAUUAGGAUAUAAGGGAUAUGAAGAAAAUAGAUCAAUUCAAAAAUCCGGAAAAAGAUAUAAAAAGAAUCAAUACUUUAGUGAUGAAGAAGAUUUUAGUGAAUAAGAUAAUGUAAUAAAAUAAUGAAAAGAAAUUAAAUUUA